CCCGCUUCGGCGGCUUGCCAUGGAUAAAGAAAAACCUGUCAACACUGGCAUGCGAAGGUUCAAGCAGGUUCGGUUUGUGGCGCAUCUCCACUGCUCUAGGGGUCGUGACGGGAGAAAGGGGGAGGUCGCAGUCACGUGACACGAUCGGGCAGGCCUCGCGCGUCCCGCCUCUUCGGAUCUCUCUCUCAGUCACAGUCAAGUUCGCCUCUGGAGUUGAGGUGGUUGUGUUUCGUUGCUAGCAGAGAGAGAGUCGCAUGUAGUAAACACACCAAAAAGGGCGCAACAAUAAAUAAACAAAAGUGUGUUGUGUGAGUCCAAACAUGGCGGCGCUGGCCGUUACGCCCUGGCGAGACGGCGGCGCCGAUCUAACCGGCGGGCCGCCCCAGGCUGUCACGCCGUCCAGUUCGGACAAAAACGGCGGUCAGCAGCAGCAAAUAGAAUGUGUAGUGUGUGGAGAUAAGUCCAGCGGAAAACAUUACGGACAGUUCACGUGCGAGGGCUGCAAAAGUUUCUUCAAGAGGAGUGUCCGGCGGAACCUGAACUACACGUGCCGGGGCAACCGGAAUUGCCCCAUCGACCAACAUCACCGGAAUCAGUGCCAGUAUUGCCGGCUAAAGAAAUGCCUCAAGAUGGGAAUGCGAAGGGAGGGUAGGUUGCCAGCGGUGCAGAGGGGGCGGGUCCCCCCUAGCCAGCAUGCCCUUCCUGGACAGAUGACCUUGACCAACGGUGAUGCACUCAAUGGUACACCUAAUUCUUAUCUAUCAAGUUUCAUCUCAUUCCUGUUACGGGCAGAGCCUUACCCAUCCUCAAGAUACGCCCAGUGUCUACAGCCCAACAACAUAAUGGGCAUUGACAACAUAUGUGAACUUGCAGCUAGGCUGCUCUUCAGUGCCGUGGAAUGGGCUAGGAACAUUCCUUAUUUUCCUGACCUUCAAGUGACCGACCAGGUGGCGCUGCUGAGGUUGGUCUGGAGUGAACUUUUUGUAUUAAAUGCCUCCCAAUGUUCCAUGCCCCUGCAUGUAGCGCCCCUGCUUGCGGCUGCGGGGUUACAUGCCUCCCCCAUGGCCGCGGACCGUGUUGUGGCCUUCAUGGACCACAUUAGAAUCUUUCAAGAACAAGUGGAAAAACUGAAAGCGCUGCAUGUAGAUGCAGCGGAAUACAGCUGCCUCAAAGCCAUUGUUCUCUUCACAACAGACGCUUGCGGACUUUCGGACGUGGUGCACAUCGAGAGUCUCCAAGAGAAAUCCCAAUGUGCCCUGGAGGAAUACUGCAGGACGCAACACCCCAAUCAACCAAUGAGAUUCGGUAAACUCUUGCUGAGAUUACCCUCCCUCAGGACUGUCUCUUCACAAGUCAUCGAGCAAUUGUUCUUUGUGAGAUUGGUGGGCAAGACUCCCAUCGAGACACUCAUCAGAGACAUGCUGCUCAGUGGUAGUUCUUUCAAUUGGCCCUACUUACCGCUACAGUGACCCCCACCUCAUCUCUAUGUGGGCUGCUCAAAUAGGACGUGAUAAAAGCUCUCCAGUGGCGUGGACCGCCACUGCUGUGGUUGUGACAUCUCUAUUCCUGCUUCUACAAGUGAUGAUUACCUCUUGGAACUUCUGGCAGUUUAGGUAUUGUCUUGGCCUUAAAAGAUGCCCAGCGCAGAAUCCAAUGAAGGUUGCGUGUGAUUUUGAAUAAGGAUUGAUUCUGUUUUUAAAUUCCUCUUUUAACUGUCAAUAGCCAUAAUUGAAAUGAUGAAUCGGAUUAACGGUUUUUAAUUCCGUUUAUUGUUUAAAUGUCAAUAGCCCUAAUUAAGAUAAUUGUAAAAGUAAUCCUAAUUAAGAUGACCAUAAUUAAGAUAUUGUGAUUUUGAAUCGGAUUGAUUCUGUUUUUAAUUCCUUUUAUUGUUUAAAUCUCAAUGGCCUAAUGUAAAAGUAAUCCUAAUUAAGAUGACCAUAAUUAGGAUAUUGUGAUUUUGAAAUUGGAUUAAUUCUAUUUUUAAUUUUUCUUUCAUUGUUUAAAUGUCAAUAGACACAAUUAAGAUGGCCUUAUCAAAAAUACUAUCAUCCUGGAUCGGAUUAAUUCUGUUUUUAAUUCCUUUUUAUUGUUUAAAUGUCAAUAGCCCUAAUAAAGAUGAUUGUAGAAGUAAUCCCAAUUAAGAUGACCAUAUUAAGAUCUUGUGAUUUUGAAUCGGAUUAAUUCUGUUUUUAAUUCCAUUUGUUAUUUAAACUGUCAAUUGGCAUAAUUAAGAGGACAUUAUUUUAAAGUCUUAUAACAGUAAAAAAUGUUAAUGCUUAGAAAUUGAUUAAUUCUGUUUUUAUUUCUUUUCAUUAUUUAACUGUCAAUAACCAUAGUUGAGAUGAUAUUGGUUGAAAAUCUUUUAUUGAUUCAAAGGGUCACUGCUUGAAAAA